AGGAGGGAUGUGCCCCUCACAAAGAUGGCUGCUCUGCUGUGCCCUCCCUUAACGGCUGCUGAGCCAGGGAAGGCCGUGUGUGCUUGUUACGCUGUAUCUGGGCUGCUGCUGCUGAAGUUACACUGUAGCUGACUGUCCCUGUAUCUUGCAAGAUCAAGGCCGGCGCUGCUGUGUUUACAGGACUUUGCUCACUCAGGACAGUGGCUGGUAGCCAGGGUGGUGCAUGCACGGGGCUAUGCUGGCCUUCAUAGCAAGGAGCAUGAAUAGUGCAGUCAGAUGACAAAGGUUGCUAAGUGUGUGACUCCCUGUGUAUACCAUAGAACAGGGUAAGAUUAGAGAGGAAGUCUGAGGCAGAGGGAGUGAGAGUUGUACAGAGUUUUCCUCAUUCCACCCAUGGAGAGGAAGCAGCAGCAGUCAGAGAAGGCAAAGCCAUCUGGCUGGCUGAAGCCGGUGGCCUUGGGGAAGCUCCCAGGCAGAUACUUAGCCCACCAGGAGGGACUGCCGCAUCUGCCGGUGCCGCCCCUUCAGCAGACCCUGGAUCGCUACCUGUUGGCUCUGCAGCCCAUCAUCAGCGAGGAGGAAUGGACCCACACCAAGGGGCUGGUGGAUGAGUUCCGGAAACCAGGCGGCGUUGGGGAAAGGCUGCAGAAGGGUCUGGAGAGGAGAGCCAGGAAAACUGAGAACUGGCUCUCCGACUGGUGGCUGAAGACGGCUUACCUUGAAUACCGCCUGCCGGUUGUGGUUCACUCCAGCCCCGGUGUGGUUUUACCUAAACAGGAUUUUCUGGAUCAGCAAGGCCAGCUCAGGUUUGCUGCCAAGCUGAUCGAGGGCAUCCUGGAUUUCAAGACCAUGAUUGACAAUGAGACCCUGCCAGUGGAAUACCUGGGUGGGAAACCUCUUUGCAUGAACCAGUACUACCAGAUCCUCUCGUCCUGUCGCAUCCCAGGCCAGAAGCAUGACUCCGUUGUGAACUACGCCAAAGGAAAAAAGCCGCCCUCGCACAUCACUGUGGUUCACAACUUCCAGUUCUUUGAGCUGGAUGUUUACAGCAGCGAUGGGAGCCCCCUCACCACCGAUCAGAUCUUCAUCCAGCUGGAGAAGAUCUGGAACACCUCCCUCCAAACAAACAAGGAGCCAAUUGGGAUCCUCACCACCAACCACCGAAACAGCUGGGCCAAGGCCUACAACCACCUCAUCAAAGACAAAACCAACAAGGAGUCAGUGCGUUCAAUCGAGAAGAGCAUUUUCACCGUCUGCCUGGAUUCACCCAUUCCUCGGGUGUCUGACGACAUCUACAAGAGCCGGGUGGCAGCUCAGAUGCUGCACGGUGGAGGCAGUCGCUGGAACAGUGGGAACCGAUGGUUUGACAAAACCCUUCAGUUUAUCGUUGCUGAGGACGGCUCCUGUGGCCUGGUGUAUGAGCACGCUCCCUCGGAGGGCCCGCCCAUCGUUGCCCUUCUGGAUCACAUCGUGGAGUACACGAAGAAACCACAGCUGGUGAGAUCACCCAUGAUUCCUCUGCCAAUGCCCAAGAAGCUGCGGUUUAACAUCACCCCAGAAAUCAAGAAUGACAUAGAGAAGGCGAAGCAGAACCUUAACAUAAUGGUGCAAGAUCUGGACAUCAAGGUGAUGGUCUUUCACCACUUUGGGAAAAACUUCCCCAAGUUGGAGAAGAUAAGUCCAGAUGCGUUUAUUCAGAUGGCCCUGCAGCUGGCUUAUUAUAGGAUGUAUGGCCAGGUCUGUGCUACAUAUGAGAGUGCCUCACUGAGGAUGUUCCGCCUGGGUCGGACAGACACCAUCCGCUCUGCCUCCGUGGACUCUCUGAAGUUUGUGCAGGCAAUGGACAACCCUAGCAAGCAGAACCAGGAGAAGGUGGAACUGCUGAGGAGAGCUACGCAGGCACACAGAGCUUACACAGAUAUGGCAAUAAAGGGGAAUGCAAUAGACCGUCAUCUGCUAGGCAUGAAGCUUCAAGCCAUUGAGGAUCUAGUGAGCAUGCCGGAACUGUUCAUGGAUACAGCCUAUGCCGUUGCCAUGCACUUCAACCUCUCAACCAGCCAGGUCCCAGCAAAGACAGAUUGUGUGAUGUGCUUUGGUCCAGUGGUUCCAGAUGGCUAUGGAGUCUGCUAUAACCCCAUGGAUGACCACAUCAACUUUGCAAUGUCGGCGUACAACAGCUGUGCUGAAACCAAUGCAGCCCGCCUAGCACAUUACCUGGAGAAGGCGCUACUGGACAUGCGUCUCCUGCUCCAAUCCACUCCCAAAUCAAAAUUGUAAGAAAUGAACCUGCUUCACAGCUCCUAAGCUUUAGGAGCUGUCCCAUGUGCACAAGAAGCUCCCAGCUCUCCAAAAACUGGGCAGCAGGAGAUGGGCUCAUGGCACACAUCUCUCUGCAGAGAAGUUAUGGAGUGGUAAUCUCCAGCUAUCAGACUACAAGGUGAAAGGAAGCAUUGCCUUAUUCCAAGCUAGAACUGACAGAGAUCCUUCCCACAAUGUGCAAAGUGCACCUUUCUUCCCUUGAAGGGAUACUGGAGCGACAUCUUUUUAUUGAAUUUACAGUGGAAAGAACAUAGAAAGCACAUUCUUCACCCCAUCCUUCACUCUUCAUCCACUAGGGGGAGUAUUCUCCUGGCUGAGUAGGUCUGAGGCCACUUGGAUCUUUCUGCUGGCUCAGGCUUUUGAGGGGUUGGGAAUAUCUCUUUUGGGCCAUGCUAUGCCUCCCAAAGUGGUGUCAUUAGUGCCAUUGAACUUUGGGGUGGGGGGAUAAAUGCCGUAAAUCGGAGGAAAUCCAGUACUGUUAGGAUGUAUUGUGCUGCUUUUCUAGAAAUGUUUUCCUAACAUAACCUUGCUAGGGGACUGGUCUUUGUGUGCUUUCCACAGCUAGGAAUGUUCCCUUCCCCAUCCUUCUAACACCUGGGUCUUCCCUUUUCCUGCACUUUCUGCACCAACUGUGAAACACCAUUGCUACAAUUGGACUCACUUCCCCUCCUCUGGCCUUUUUUGUGUGUUUUAAGCAUAAAGUGAUGGAUUGCUGGUGGGUCUCCAUCUCAGAGCUUCAGGCUCUUCAAGUUGAGCCUCUUUGGCUUUCUUGUGUUGCUUCUACUAAACACAUGCAUUUUAAUUGAUUUUUUUUUAAUUGUGCAGGCUCUGCUGGCCUUGACUUUAUGCACUUAUAUAUUCUGUAGUAGGGAGGGAUGAUCUAGACCUUGAUGUUGUUUGCAGAACCUGUCCUCUUCAUUCUGCCCCUUCUCUUUCAAAUGGGAAAAAGAUGGGAACCAUGUUGACCUUGGUUACUUUCAAACUGAAAUAUCAUGCACUGCUUUCUAUGCUGCCUUUAUUUUAGUCUAAGGAGAUGCUGCAUAAGUAACUUAAUGAGCCCUUCUAAUCAAGUUUCCAAAAAUGUCUCCAGACUGCAUAGGUGGUGAUGUAUGUUGGAAUUGAAGAAAAAAAGGCUGCAGCAUGACACUUCUCCCUUGCUGUAUGUUAUCUACUCCUACCAAGCUUGUGGUUCCUCUAAAAUAAGGGAGGUAGUGAAGAAAGCACAGGAGUCUACUCUAGGAUGUAUAGACUAUGUCUGUUCAUUGCCCCCAACAACCGCCUUUUCCAUAGGAAUCCGACAGCGCUUCUUCAGCAGAACCUGGUUUCUUCUUGCCUUAAUGUUAUUUAUACCCAUGGUGAUUUAUAAUUUCCCUCUUUCGUGGAAUAUAGUCACGUCUGUGUUGGUUUGAUUGAACCUUUAGAAAGGAAGGAAUUAUAUAUUUAUAAAUGUGCAAUUUAAAAAAUAUUAUGACACAAUAAGAAAGGAAUAUAAAACCGCCAAUAUCUUUCCUAGGGCAGCAUGUGAAACCAUAGACCUACUGCCAUUAGAGAAGGUGGUGCAUUGUCUGCCCCCACCGAUGCUAUUCCUGCAGUGAGAUAAUGGUAGUUCUGCAAGCCCAGACGUGGGGGUGCUGAACCAAGGAAUAGCUUGAGUUUGUAGUCUGUUUUAUCACAUGAACACUUGUCCAUAUCACAAAGCCACCCAACCAGUAGGGUCAUUGCUGCUCUUCUGGUGUUGGGCCUCGAGAGCAUUCCCAAUCAAGGUGCCUUGGUAGAGGGGUGUGACCAAUUUGAAGUACGUUCAUCCUACUAUUAUUGAAAACCUCUCUUUUAUGAGCACUUACUCACCCCAUCUCACUUUUUAAUUGAUGCAAACCUGCUCUCAGUUGUUUUAAAUUCAAAUUCCACCCUGCAACUAAAUGAGGGGAAAGCUUUACUGAAACUCACCUUACAGCUAACGAUUGUACAAACCUCCAUUAAAAAAAUUUAAGUUUAAAAAAUAUUAUAAAUGGAAUGAGAUGGUUAGAAAGCAACGGGAGCAUGUAACGCAAAGCUCUGAGCACAAACACACCUGCUCUAGCUAUCUAAUUCUUCCACAAUGAACGAGACUGAAAGUUACAAGGCCACCCAAAAUCUUAAUCUGUAUUAAUAUUUAUUAUAUGUAAUGAGUACUUACAUAACCAUUUAAGAGACUGCAACCUUCUGGAAUGAAUUGGAAUGGGCAAGGUCUUGCUGGGAUUAAAAAAAAAACCACUACUUUUUAUGGAGGCUUUUAUUCUGGAAGAGAUUCCUUUAGUCAGAGACAAAGUAAACUUUUUUUUCCCUCCCUGUGUAUAAUGAAUCAAUAUAGUGCCUGCUGAUAACUGAUGUUACCCUACUGUGGUCUGUGGCCAGGGGGCCAAAGACCAAGUGCCUUCAACCACGAUAUUGCUACAUAUUGGCAUGUCUUAUUAUUACAAGGUAAUUUCAGAAACUAAGAACUCUCUCAUCCCCCCCUUCAAUAAGAGAGAAGUAAUCACUCAAAGGCAAGUGCCUACUGAAAAGGAUGAGAUGGAAGUGCACUCUGCUAUUAAUGGAAAACACAGGGGAUGGGUCUGAUUUUAAUCUUAAGUCAGAUAUAAGGCUGGAGAUCCCAUUGGCUUGCAGUGGCAUUUCUCCAGCUGUGGCACUGAGGUCUUUAUGUGCCAUGCAUAGGGAAACACAAAAGAUUCUUAUCCGGCUUGUGCAUUCUCUCUUCAGGAUUAACAGGGGAGCUGCUUUAUUACAACUGUUUACAGGGUUUUCUCUUUUAAAAAAGUGUUUUUUCUCUUGCUGUUGCCAAUUUCAAGCUGUGGCGACGUCCCUCCGACUCAUCAUUUCUUGACUUAUUUUUCAGUGACCAGUUAUUUUGAAUGCCGGGUUUGUUUACCCUUUAUUAGCUGGUCACUUGCCCAAGAAGUGUCCAUGAUCUUCAAAGCUAUGUAAAACUUAUGAAGAAACUACUGAUUUACUGAAUAAUUCGGGAAAUAUGUAGAUUUAUAAUGUACAACUAAACUCUUGGAUUGGAGGUGUGGUUGAUGGCACAGCCAGUGACUUUGCAUGCUCUGCCAGUUAAAUGCAUUAAAUGUUUUUUUGGCAAUGUAAUCAGUGUCCUGCAAGGAUUGAUGAUGUUCUUCCAACAUAAAUAAUAAAAGUAUAAAUGUUGCGA